CAUCUCGACGUCCGUCAAUCAUCACUCCCAAACACCUAUUGCACUCUUUUGUUCCCGCAGUUUGUGGGUUGCUUUGAAAGAGCGCAAGACUCGAUUCUACAGAUCUCGUCCCCCCGCACGUCUUCCAAGCACUUUUCACCAUGGGUGGUCUCGCAGAUGCAGAAGUCAAUGGGUCUGAUGUGCUAUCUGCCCUUCGACUCUCCCAACAGGCCCCGGCAAUCCUCGGACAUGGUCCAGCACCGAACACGCACGCCGCUUCCUCCAAGUCCUCACGGGAUACAGCCGAGGAAUACAGCCGUAUUGAACAACUUUUCCUCGCCUGCCUGCAAACUGGAGAUGACCAGUCCGCACAAACAUGCCUUGAUCGGCUGAGCAAUCGCUUUGGUCCCUCAAACGAGCGAGUCAUGGGGCUGCGUGGCUUGUUCCAGGAAGCGACUGCAAAAGAUCAGCCAGCGCUGGAAAAAUGCCUGGCAGAAUAUGAGACAAUUCUGUCCGAGAGUCCAGUCAAUGUGCCUAUCAUGAAACGCCGAGUCGCUCUGCUUCGCUCACUCCAACGGCCCUCCGAUGCCAUUGCCGCUCUCAUUCAGCUUCUCGAUGCUAUCCCCACAGAUGCCGAGGCCUGGGGAGAGCUGGCCGACCUAUAUCAAUCCCAAGGACUGGGAUCACAGGCAAUUUUUAGCUUGGAGGAGGCACUACUGAUCGCCCCGAAUUCCUGGAAUAUUCACGCCCGGCUUGGUGAAUUGCUCUACGUCUGUUCCUCUUCUUCCGAGGGUGAUGCAGCCCGACUUGCUGGCAAGUCGGUUCAGCAUUUCUGCCGGAGUAUUGAACUCUGCGAUGAUUAUCUGCGGGGUUUCUACGGUUUAGCCUUGGCCUCGUCUCGCGUUCUUGAUAACAAGUACGCCCCCGAAAGCCCUUCCGACCCAGCUGUCCCUUCCCGAAAAACAAUUCAGCAGCUCCAGGCAUUUGCACUUCAGCGGCUGGAACAUAUCAUUCAAUCCCGGUCGGUGGAUGAUCAACAUUGGGCAUCCAGUCGGAGUGAGCUUAUUGCGGCCAAGGAGCUGCUGAAUCGCUUCGCGCCGUCCAAAUGAUGAUCGACCGUUAUUACUCUGUUUCUCUCUGGAUACCCUAAUCAAACUUAUCAACAUGUCACCCGUUGCAAGGAUGUGUCAAGGAUGUUUUUAUUGUUGUAAUUUUAUCAUGUAUGCCUAGGCUUGGAUCUGAGUGAGGAAACGCAGUCGGCAUGACGUACGUGGUGGUGGCUGUACCGGGGCCUACGGGCAUGUCGAGUUGCUGACCAUGGGCUGCCCAAUAAUUCUGUUCAUGGAUUGGAUGCGCUCUGUUGAUGUGGUGGAGUAUACAAAACUGCUCUAUAGUAGACGUGGUUGCAUGAAUGCAUGAAUCGCCGGGGUUGUAUGUUCAGCUCGUCCCUCUUGAGUCAUCUUCUCCUUGCAUCUCUAUAUAUUUCAGGGGAGCCUAGCUUCCCAAGACCUUUACCAUUUGAGGUGAUCGCUAUCUUAUGGUAAAAUGACAGUCAAUUAGUU